CGCAGCAGCCAUUUUGUUCCACCCUAGGAGCCUCUAAGAUGGCGGCGGGGGAGACGGUGAAGGUUGCAGCCUGCCUCUCCGGGCUCUAGUCCAUCGCCUUCCCGUCCCCCGGCGGCCAUCCCAUGGCCUGGUGGAGGCCCGGACCAUGGACCUCCGCACCGUCGUGUACAAUGCCGCCCGCGACGGCAAGCUUCAGCUGCUACAAAAGCUGCUCAGCGGCCGGACCCGGGAAGAACUGGAUGAGCUGACUGGCGAGGUGGCUGGCGGGGGGACGCCGUUGCUCAUUGCUGCCCGCUAUGGCCACCUGGACGUGGUCGAGUACCUGGUGGACCGGUGUGGUGCGAGCGUGGAGGCGGGCGGCUCAGUGCACUUCGAUGGCGAGACCAUCGAGGGCGCACCGCCACUGUGGGCCGCCUCGGCCGCCGGCCACCUGGACGUAGUGCGGAGCCUGCUGCGCCGCGGGGCUUCGGUGAACCGCACCACGCGCACCAACUCCACGCCCCUGCGCGCCGCCUGCUUCGAUGGGCACCUGGAGGUGGUGCGCUACUUGGUGGGCGAGCACCAGGCCGACCUGGAGGUGGCCAACCGGCACGGGCACACGUGCCUCAUGAUCUCCUGUUACAAGGGCCACCGUGAGAUCGCCCGCUACCUGCUGGAGCAGGGCGCCCAGGUGAACCGGCGCAGCGCCAAGGGCAACACAGCCCUGCACGACUGCGCUGAGUCCGGUAGCCUAGAGAUCCUGCAGCUGCUGCUCGGGUGCAACGCCCGCAUGGAACGCGACGGCUACGGCAUGACCCCGCUGCUGGCGGCCAGCGUGACGGGCCACACCAACAUCGUGGAGUACCUCAUCCAGGAGCAGCCUGCGGAGGAGGAGGCGGCGCAGCCAGGGCUGACCCGAGAAGGCCCCUCCACCAGCCCGGGAUGCGUGCAGCCCCAGGGGUCUCACUGCUGCGGUUCCUUGGCAGAAGAACCGCUCAGUGGUGAUGCUUACGAGAGCUGCUGCCCCACCAGCCGGGAAGCGGCAGUGGAAGCCUUGGAAUUGUUGGGAGCCACGUACGUGGAUAAGAAGCGGGAUCUGCUUGGGGCCCUGAAACACUGGAGGCGGGCCAUGGAGCUGCGUCACCAGGGCGGUGCGUAUCUGCCCAAACCAAAACCUCCUCAGCUGGUCCUGGCCUAUGACUAUUCCAGGGAGGUGAACACCGCCGAGGAAUUGGAAGCGCUUAUAACCGACCCGGACGAGAUGCGCAUGCAGGCCCUGUUGAUCCGAGAGCGUAUCCUGGGUCCCUCUCAUCCAGACACUUCCUAUUAUAUCCGUUACAGGGGCGCGGUGUACGCCGACUCGGGCGAUUUCGAGCGCUGCAUCCGCCUGUGGAAGUACGCCCUGGACAUGCAACAGAACAGCCUGGAGCCUCUGAGCCCCAUGACCGCCAGCAGCUUCCUCUCCUUUGCCGAAUUCUUUUCGUAUGUGCUCCAGGACCGGGCGGCCAAGGGCAGUCUGGGCACGCAAAUAGGCUUUGCAGACCUCAUGGGGGUGCUCUGCAAAGGGGUCCGGGAAGUGGAACGGGCCCUGCAGCUGCCCAAGGAGCCCGGGGACUCGGCCCAGUUCACCAAGGCCCUGGCCAUCAUCCUCCACCUGCUCUAUCUGUUGGAGAAGGUGGAGUGCACGGCCGAGCAGGAGCGUCUGAAGCACCAGACCGUCUACCGGCUGCUGAAGUGUGCCCCCCGGGGCAAGAACGGCUUCACCCCUCUGCACAUGGCCGUGGAUAGUGAGAGUACGAACGUGGGCCGCUACCUGGUGGGGAGAUUCCCCUCCCUGCAGGUGGUUAGGGUGCUGCUGGACUGCGGGGCCGACCCAGACAGCCGGGACUUUGACAACAACACCCCGUUGCACAUAGCGGCCCAGAACAAUUGCCCGGGGAUCAUGAAUGUCCUGAUUGAGGCGGGGGCCCACAUGGACGCCACCAAUGCCUUCAAGAAAACAGCUUACGAGCUGCUGGAUGAGAAGCUGCUGGCCAAGAGCACCAUUCAGCCCUUCAACUAUGUCACCUUGCAGUGCCUUGCAGCCCGCGCCCUGGACAAGAACAAGAUCCCCUACAAAGGCUUCAUCCCGGAGGAGCUGGAGGCUUUCAUCGAGCUGCACUGACAGCGUUCUGAGAGGUGCGGCCCACAUGCGUCCUUGCUCUCUUGGUGAGCGCUUCCGGUGGCAUGGAACAGGAGAAGGGCUCUCCCUCCUGCACGGCCCUUCACCAAUGCAGAGAGUGGGGGAAGCAGUUAACGAGCUGUUGGUGCUAGAAGCCUUCAGGAUCACGUGCUCGGACAUUGUCUUUCUCCAGAAGCAUACACACCCAUCCUUAAUUGGGAGAAGACGUGACCUUCCGCAUGUCCCACCUGCCUGGGUCUCAGAAGAUUUUGCCUUCUUACGAAGAGGCAGAGGGAUUGAAGCCAUUGCCUUCCUCCCCUACUAGAAACAGGAAGAAGCUGAGAAUCAGUUGCCCUCCUCUGCCCCUUGCGUGGCUGGAUAAACCCAGCCGCGGAAUGCAGUGUUAGGACUGGGGGCUCCCAAGGUGGAGACUCAAGAAGCAAGACCGCCUGUCACUUUUUCCAGCACAGUCACACCCGGCUCCCUCCCACGUUGCCACAGUCAGGACUGGGCGGGCAGGGCUGUGCCCAGGGCAGCCUGCCACUUACAUAGCUUUUGGCUGGUUUGGUGUUCUGUUUAUUUGUAGGUGGGCAGGUUACAGGCAUUGCACAGGAGUCCUGAGGUUUUGCUGCCUUUUUUUUUUUUUUUUAAGAAUUUGAAAUUUUGUUUAAGACUUGAUAAGUUAAUUUUCUGCACCAGUGGUUUUGUUGUGCCGCAGGGGGGCCAAGGCCCUCAGGAACGAGCUUUGUUGUGUGAAGAAUGUGGUAAAGGAUGGUAGACCAUGAUAUUGGUCCCUAAAACGGAGGUGGCGGUACGUUUCUUAAAACUUCACUCGUUUGCCUUUUCCUUGGGCCUCCCAUCUUCCCAUCCUCAUCAGAGAAGAAUUUUUUUCUAAAUAAGAAUCAGGCCAAAUGCCCAAGGUGCUGAGCUUGGCAUGAGUUUCCCUAGUUCUCGAGCGAGAACUAGUAAGGUUGGUUUGAGGUUUGGUUUUCAUAGUUUCUGACUUCAGUCCGCUUCAGCGCCAUGAAUCACAUCCGAGUGCAGUUUUGUUGUGGGCAUCGCCACCCCCGCUGACUCCAGCCCCUCUUACAGCUCAAGGACCCGAGUCCAGGUCUUCCUGAAAAAAAUCUGAAGUGCAGCGUGAAGUCAGUAAGUCAGCUGGAGGAGACGCUGAAUGCUGAGAGCUGAGGUGUACAAAAUCUUGGUAUCCCAUCACGUGGAGUAUAAAGUGCUUGUGCUAGAGAACCUGCUUCAGGGAGAUUUUUCUCUAGCGAUACUGUGUAUGCCCUGGGGGCAGAAGGAAACUGUUCUUGGCCUGUUCAGAGGGCAGUGAAUGGCAGAAGGGGGCGGAAGUUCAGGAGAAAGGCCACAUUCGGGUCAGUGACAUCCUCACCCGACGCCUUCCCGCAGCCUCGUCCAGUGGCAGCUAGCUACACGGAGGCCUUCGGGAGCCACAGCAGGUGCCUGGAUGUCCCACCCUCCGAGAAAACUCGGUCUCGUGUGGAUUUGCAGUGUUAGUUAGGAUGUUAUUUAUUUACAAGACCAGGUUUUACCUUCCAUCGAGGCGGGAAACGCAGCUACUGUCCCAAAGCACGGAAUAAAGAAAUGAGGCCGUUUAAAUGUGAGUGCUGGCGCUGAUGUUUAAGUCAUUAAAAAGACAACACUCCAAGACAACCGCCGGACAGUUCCUUGCGGGGUAGGCCAGGGAGAAGGCGGGAAGAGGGUGCCACUAAGAGUAAAAGGCCAUGGUGCCAGCCCACAUAAAAGGACCAGCCCUCGGGCCACCAUCUCCAGCUGGAGGAGUUUCUGUUUCUGUGCUGGGUUCUGUGUGAGGUUUCAUUCAGAAAUAGCGUGUCACUGCGUAAAAAGAAAAAGUGAAAAACACUGACUUAGUUCACGCCCCCACAUUACGGUAGGGUUGCCACGGAAAAGAGGAUGGCUUGGUCUUCCUGAAAGUCGUGCUGUGUGCCUGGCGUGUUCCCGGUCCCCUUAGGGGUACAGAUGGAGCCAUUAUUCCCCAGGGUGAUCUCCCCGUGUUCUCACCUCAUGG